AUGCCUGUAACAGCUCAUCCAGCUUUCAAUAAAGCUGGUUCUUAUUUUAAAAUGAAACUAAUACGUAUACCAGUUGAUCCUAAUACACUCGAAGUUGAUGUUAAACAAAUGCGUCGAGCAAUAACGAAAAAUACUUGCAUGAUUAUUGCUUCGGCACCCUGUUUUCCACAUGGCACGAUUGAUCCCAUACAAGAUAUUUCUAAAAUUGCACUUGAAUAUGGCGUUCCUUUGCAUGUUGAUGGUUGUUUAGGUGGUUUUCUUAUUGCUUUUAUGGACAAAGCUGGUUUUCCAUUGAAACCGUUUGAUUUUCGUGUACCUGGUGUAAUGAGUAUUAGCUGUGAUUCACAUAAAUAUGGUUUUACGCCGAAAGGAGCUUCAGUUAUUCUUUAUCGAACUCCUGAAAUUCGUUCGCAUCAAUUUUAUGCCUUAGCCGAUUGGCCAGGUGGUAUCUAUGCAUCGCCAUCGAUUGCUGGUAGUCGUUCCGGAUUUUUAAUUGCUUGUUGUUGGGCAACACUUAUGUAUUAUGGAGUUGAUGGUUAUGUUGAAGAAACGCGAAAAAUUAUUCAAACAACACGAGCUCUUGCUCAGGGUUGGAGUAAAAUUGAUGGUCUAUAUCUUUUGCAUAAUCCUGAUGUAUCCGUUGUAGCUGUUGGCUCAAAAGUUUUCAAUAUUUAUUACGUACUUGAUGGAUUACGUGAUCGAGGAUGGCAUUUAAAUGGUAUACAAAAUCCAGCUGGUUUACAGAUUGCCUUAACUCAACUUCAUGCACAACCAGGUGUUAUUGAAAAACUUAUAGAAGAAACACGAGAAUGUGUUGCAGAAGUCAUGAAAAGAGAAAAUGCCAACGAUACACCGACGGCUGUCAUUUAUGGUACAAAUCAAAAAGUACCAGAUAAAUCUCUUGUCUGUGAUAUGGCAAAAUUGUAUAUCAGUGCAUGUUAUAAUACAACUAUGUCACCAUCAUCAGCAGCAGCAGCAAAAAACGCUCAUUAA